UUUCCCUCUAUCAGAAAUUCAGAAUACUGAGAGGCAGAUUGUGAAGGUGCAAAUGGCCGAGUCUUACCGUCUACGCAUUUCUCCUUCAUCCACCUCCACCUUCAACUCUCGCUCUUCCUCUUCCCCUCACUUCAAACUUCUAAACUUUCCUUCUUCCCCCCACAAGCUUUCUUACCUCUACACUCAAUCCAAAACCCCUCUCCAAGCCUCCUCGCAGAACCCCUUUACAUUUACACAACAUCAUGAACAUCCCAAUUCUCCAGAAGCUGCAAAUCCUCAUGACCCACAUGCAAAGUCUCAACCUUUAUCCAAAAACCAUAUUUGGGUCAAUCCCAGAAGCUCCAGAGCCAAACACCUUCGCAGGAAGAAAUCCCUCUCUUCCAUUUCCGGUUCGUCGUUUUCGUCUCUCUUGAGACUUGCAAAGUCUUUAGACUCUUGCAGUCAACAAGAUGUCCCUAAAAUACUAAACUCCCUAGGGGGCAAGAUUGUUGAACACGAUGCUGUGUUUGUUCUUGAUAACAUGCUGAAUCCUGAGAUUGCACUGAUUGUACUUAAGUACUUCCAGCAGAAGAUUAAACCCCAAAAGCAUGUUGUUCUUUACAAUGUGACCCUUAAGUUGUUUAGGGAGGUUAAGGAUUUUAAAGGUGCAGAGAAGCUGUUUGAUGAAAUGAUUCAGAGAGGGGUGAAGCCUAGUAUUGUUACAUUCUCUACUAUGAUAAGCUGUGCUGCCACGUGUUCGUUGCCACAUAAGGCUGUGGAGUGGUUUGAAAACAUGCCUAGCUUUGAGUGUGAACCCGAUGAUAACAUAUGCUCAACUAUGAUUUAUGCUUAUGCGCGUGUUGGUAAUGCCUAUAAGGCUCUCAGUCUAUAUGAUCGUGCAAAAACUGAGAAGUGGCAUGUUGAUAAAGUGGCAUUCUCAGCAUUGAUUAAGAUGCAUGGCAAGGCAGGGAACUAUGAUGGAUGCUUGAAUGUUUACAAUGAUAUGAAGUUUUUUGGUACAAAGCCUAACUUGGUAACAUAUAACAGUGUGUUGUAUGCCAUGGGGAGAGCAAGGCGCGCCUGGCAAGCAAAGGUUAUAUACGAAGAGAUGGUAAGCAAUGGUGUUUCGCCAAAUUGGCCAACCUAUGCAGCUCUAUUGCAAGCCUACUGUAGAGGUCGGUUUAAGGAAGAUGCUCUCAGUGUUUAUAAGGAAAUGAAGGAAAAGGGAAUGGACAUGAAUGUAGUUCUUUAUAACAUGCUUUUAGCUAUGUGUGCUGAUGUUGGCUACACAGAUAAAGCUGUUGAAAUUUUCGAGGACAUGAAAAGUUCUGCAGCUUGUCGGCCUGACAGUUUUACGUUCUCAUCCUUGAUUGACAUGUACUCUUGCAUUGGGAAAGUUUCAGAGGCAGAAGAGACACUGAAUGAAAUGAUUGAUAAUGGAAUUCAGCCCAAUAUUUUUGUUCUGACAUCGCUUGUGAGGUGCUAUGGAAAAGCCAAGAGAAUAGAUGAUGCUGUCAAGAUACUUAAUCAGUUUUUGGGUUUGGGGAUCGUUCCGGAUGAUCGCUUCUGUGAUAGUCUUCUGAAUAUCAUGAUCCAAACCCCAAAAGAAGAACUUGUUAAGCUAACAGAUUGUGUUGAGAAGGCUAAUCCGAAGCUCGGUUCUGUGGUAAGAUGUUUGUUGGAAGAGCAGAAGGGUGAUGUAGUAGAUUUUAGAAGGGAAGCAUGUGAACUUUUCAACUCAGUUGAUGCUGAAUCGAAGAAGUCCUUUUGCAAUAGUCUAAUUGAUCUUUGUGUCAACCUGAAUAAACCAGAUAGAGCAUGUGAUCUUCUAGACCUGGGGCUGAGGCUUGGGAUAUAUACAGAUAUACAGUCCAGGUCUCAAACUAUGUGGUAUCUGCAUCUAAAGAGACUCUCACUUGGAGCUGCUCUGACUGCAUUAUGUUUCUGGAUUAAUGACUUGUCGAAGGCUUUGGAGUCCGGGGAGGACCUUCCGCCAUUACUCGGAAUUGAUACUGGGCUAGGGAAACACAAGUUUGCAGAUAAAGGUUUGGUUAGUGUCUUCGAAUCACAUUUGAGGGAACUUAAUGCUCCAUUCCAUGAGGCUACUCAUAAGGCUGGCUGGUUUUUUACUACAAACGAAGCAGUCAAGUUAUGGCUGCAGUCCAGGGGUUCAACUAAAAUAGUUGCUGCUUAGAAACUUCAAGGUUUUUUAGGUGUUCUAACAGUGUCUCCCUCACCAUUGAUGGUGUUAUUUUAGGGAGUCAUUUGCCAAGUAGUUUUUAUGCAUUUUCCUAUCCCUUUUGCAGAAAUUUUGAACUAGUAGAUUAGAAAAUUAAUAUCUUUCAAAUAAAUUUUGGAUUUAUUAGAGAAAAAUGAAGUUCUGAUUCUAGUAUACACUAUACAGUGUAGUGGCUAGCAAAA